AUGCUGCAGGAGUGGCUGGGGGCGGUGGGGAAGGACUAUCACUCGGUGGCCUGGAAGGUGCAGGAGGAGCCCAGCUCCUACCCUGACGAGCUCGGGCCAAAGCACUGGAGUGACAAACGCUAUGAAAACCUGAUGAAGUUGAAGCAGGAGGCUCUCACCUACGCCCGGGAACAGCAGGCUGACUACAUCCUGUUCAUGGACACCGACAGCAUCCUGACCAAUAACCAGACCCUCAAGUUUCUCAUGGCACAGAACAAGUCGGUGGUGGCGCCCAUGCUGGACUCGCAGACCUUCUACUCCAACUUCUGGUGUGGCAUCACGCCCCAGGGGUACUACCGCCGGACGGCUGACUACUUCCCCACCAAGAACCGGCAGCGGGUGGGCUGCUUUGCUGUCCCCAUGGUCUAUGCCACCUUCCUGAUCGACCUGCGGAAGGAGGAGACGUCAAGGUUGGCUUUCUACCCGCCCCAUCCCAACUACACCUGGGCCUUUGACGAUAUCAUCGUCUUCGCCUACUCCUGCCAGGCAGCUGGUGUGGAGGUCCAUGUGUGCAACCAGCAGCGCUUUGGCUACAUCAAUGUCCCUGUGAAGGCCCACCAGACGCUGGAGGAUGAACGCGCCAACUUUGUGCAUCUCACACUGGAGGCCAUGGUGGAUGGCCCCCCCAUGCAGCGCUCCAGGCACAUUUCCCUCCUCCCCAAGCCGCUCACGAAAAUGGGCUUUGAUGAAAUCUUCCUCAUCAACCUGGUGCGGAGGCCGGACCGGCGCCAGCGAAUGCUGGCAUCCCUGCAGGAGCUGGAGAUUGCCCCGCGGGUGGUGGAUGCUGUGGAUGGGAGCACCCUCAACAGCAGUGACAUCAAGGUGCUGGGAGUGGACCUGCUCCCCGGCUACUACGACCCCUUCUCUGGCCGCACACUCACCAAGGGCGAGGUUGGCUGCUUCCUCAGCCACUACAACAUCUGGAAGGAGAUUGUGUCCCGGGGGCUGGAGCGGUCAGUGGUCUUCGAGGAUGAUGUGCGCUUUGAAGCCGCCUUCCCAGCGCGGCUGCGGCGGCUGAUGGAGGAGCUGGAGGGGGCACAGCAGGACUGGGACCUCAUCUACCUGGGGAGGAAGCAGGUGAACGCGGAGGAUGAGGCACCCGUGGAGGGGGUGCGAAACCUGGUGGUGGCCGGGUACUCAUACUGGACGCUGGCCUAUGCCAUCUCCCGCCGCGGGGCGCAGAAACUGCUACUCUUGAUGACAGCCAAUUUCUCCUCUUGGGUCCACUCUGCUUUCCCUAGCGAGGAUUACAAGCGGCACUUCGUUCCCCGGGACCUGCUGGUGUUUUCAGCUCACCCUCUCCUGGUUUAUCCCACCCACUACGCCGGGGACAGCAACUGGCUGAGUGACACAGAGACCUCCACCAUCUGGGAUGACGAUGCCAAGAAGACUGACUGGGCUGGCUCACAGAAGACCCUGAGGGACACACGGGGCAGUGCUGGCCACCUCCGCUCCACUGCCCACGAUGAGCUGUGA